AUGGCGGACAGGACGAUUUCAGAUGAAGAUUUCCGUAAGCACUUUCGGCCAUUUUUAUCGGGUAAAUAUCACCCGCUUGUUGAAAAAUAUGGCAAAGUCUUGAGCCAAGCAAUGGCUUGUAAGGGGGAGGAGAGGAAAUGGCGUAAGGAAUUUGACAAAUUGGAGACAGAUUUUGAUCGUGCAUUUUUUAUUUUGAAAGCCUUGGAAAGUUUUAAUAAGGAAGAAAAGGGAAUAUGUGUACUCGGUUUACCGCCAGCAAAGGAAGCAAGUAAAUUUCUGACAACCGGGAAGUCAGACGCAAUCGCGAAGAAGUGUCUUUCAAUGUCAGAUAAAUUUUAUCGAGAACGUAAUUUUAAGAGAGCUUUGGUUGCCAUCAAUCGAGCGUAUUUCGCAGCUGUUUCGAAGGAGGUUAAAUAUCACGUUUUACUAAAACGAAUACGUCUAAUUAAAAAGUUCAACGUUGAUGAAGUACUGGAAGAGGAAAUUGGUUUAAUAAUUAAAAAUAAGACAAGCAAUGAAAAAACGCAAUCAGCGAGUUCUGUAAGGGAAGACAUUGAAAGAAUAAUUGAUUUUCAACUUUGCCAAGGUCGUUGGAUUUCUGUGAGUCCUGACUCACCUAAAUCCUUGAACGGCAAAACACUUGACGAUCCAGUGAAAAUGGAGCGAAAAAAAUUCAAAUUUGUGCCCAUUAAUGAUGAUUCCGAGCAAUUACGAAACGAGAACUCUGAAAUGAAAUAUACAGCAGUGGCUUCAAGAAAUAUAUCUAUUGGUAGAACAAAAGUUGGAUUUUGUAGUGAUAAGUGUGCUAACGAUGCCAGGACUCCCAUUGGUCCAUCAAAUGGUGGGUCAGGUCGGCAUGUGCACGACUGUGGUGGAAUAUUGCCCUGCCUGCGUGUGGAUGAUCUCUUUGAGAAUGAUAUAUUCAUGGAUCAGGGUCUAGCUCAUUUGGGUUUCAACUGCAUCGCAAAUACUCCUGCAAAUAUUCUACUAAAUUGUAUUUGUUCCAGUGUGGGUGUGAUAACUGGCUAUCCAAUGAAAUGGUUUUCUGAAGCAAGAGAGCACUUCUAUUCCCCGCCAUCUUCAACAAAUCAGCCAGAUUGGAUACCUGCAAGCUGGAUCGUAGCUCAAAUGAUCACUCACAUCGCAUCUAAUAAUUUCAAUUCCAAAGGAUAUGUAGAGUAUUACGAAGAACGGAAAGAGCUGAAUGCAAAUUCCAAUAAGAUUGGUUGUUGUGUAUAUCCCAUCAUCUCCCUCCUUAGCCAUGAUUGCAAUCCGAAUGCGUGCAUUGUGAACACAGCUAAUGGUUGUGCCUUUGUCUACGCUCUUCGAACCAUAAAGGAGGGUGAGAAAAUUUCCAUCACAUAUGGACCUUCCUAUUUCUCGACUACGUCAGCUAAUCUUCGUAGAUUUUAUCUUCGAGAAAUUUUUGCUGUUAAUUGUUCCUGUGAGGCGUGUAGGACCGAUUGGAGCCUAAAGAAGAGAGACUUUGAAAUUCUAAAGUGUCCUCUUUGUGAAUCUAGUUUUAGAUCUAACAACGAGAAGUGCUUGAGUUGUAAAAAACCAAACGGCAUCGGACGCGAAUGCGCGCCCGAGGUUAUAACUGCAAUGGAAGAAGUUCAGCGUCUUAUUUCAUCUCCUAGUCCAACAGUUGCAUUUGUACUGAGUGCUGGCAUGCAGGCCAAAAUUAAGGUCAAAGUUAAGAACGUAUGUAUUACAUUGGAGGAUAUGGCUUGGGGCAUAAGUAGUUCCAGUCUAGCAACCAAUUGA